AUGGUUUUGAAAUCAAAUUCAUCUCCAAUUAAUUUAUCAUUAUCUGGUUGUGGAUUUUUAGGUGUUUAUCAUAUUGGUGCUAUAUGUGCAUUUAAAGAACAUGUACCAGAAGUUCUUAAUAAUAAAAUGGCUGGUUCUUCAGCAGGUGCACUUGUUGCUGCAUGUGCAAUGAGUGGUUGUUGCCUUGGACAAAUGUGUAGUGAUGCACUUGAAAUAGCUAUACGUGCAAGAACUCCUGCAUUAGGACCAUUACAUCCAACAUUUAGUAUAGUUGAUAUUAUACGUAAUGGCUUACGAAGAAUUUUACCACCAAAUGCACAUGAAAUAUGUUCAGGACGUUUAUAUAUAUCAUUAACACGUUGGAAAGAUAAUAAAAAUUUUAUUAUUAAUCAAUAUCAUAAUCGUGAAGAACUUAUUCAAGUACUUAUUUGUUCAAGUUUUGUACCAUAUUGGUCAGGAAUAAUUCCAAAUAAAUUUCGUGGAGAAUAUUAUUGGGAUGGUGGUUUAACAAAUAAUAAUCCAGUUAUUGAUGAAGAUACUAUUGUAAUAUCUCCAUUUGCUGGUGAAAGUGAUAUUUGUCCACGUGAUGAAUCAGGAUCUUUCUAUAGUGUUGAUUUUCAAGGAACAGAUAUUUCUUGUACACAAGAAAAUUUAUAUCGUUUAACUCAUGCUCUAUUUCCACCGAGUUUAUCAGUAUUAAAACAAAUUUGUUGGCAUGGUUAUAUGGAUGGUUUAAAAUUUUUACAAACACGAAAUAUGAUAAAAUCGUCACGUUUAAGUGCAAAAGCAACAAUAUCAUCUGUACUUGGUAAUGAUUAUACAGAACCAGCUCACGAAGAAGAAAAACAAUUAAGAAAUGGUGGUGUUCUACAUGAUGUUGGUAGAAUGUAUGAAAAAUCACAUGAUAUGGAUGAUAAAUUAGCGAAUGAUGAAUAUUCAUCAGAUGAAGAAUCCGAGAAAGAAAAUCAUCAAAUAACAUAUAGUCCAUAUUGUGAAAAAGUUACAAGAAAAAAAGAUUUACCAACACCACUUUUUGCUGUAUUUGCUGAUGCAAAACAAAAAGUCGAAGAUCCUGUUGCACGUUAUUUUACAGAAUCAAAUCUUUAUAAAGUUGGCUCAUUUUUGGCUUUACCAAUCACAUUACCAUUAGAUCUUACAUAUACAACAAUGAAAAGAGUAUUUGGAUUAUUUCGUUCACCGUCUUCAUCUAAGCAAUCAGCAAAUCGUGCAAUGAAUUUCCUUUGGUCAUUUUUUAGUGAGAAUGAUGAUAAUUAUUGUUAUCAUGUUAAUGAUUGUGAAUGUACAGAAAGUCGUCUAUCAUCACACAAUUCUCAUCAUUAUCCUCAUUUUCGAACAUAUCAACGUCAAAUAAGUGCACCAACAAGUUCCGGUGCAUCAUCAUCAAAUCAAUCAUAUGAUGAUGAUUUUUUAACAGUAAAUAAUCAUGAUAUGUCAAUUGAACAAUUCCUCUAUCAACAAUAA